AAUCAUAGGAAAAGAAAUUUAAACGGUUAUUUAUCUUCUGAAUAAGAUAAGACUCGACGGCUGUAGUUCAUUUUCCACUAAGCGUUCGGAGUUUAGAUAAAGUCAACUCGUGCUCCAGGUGAUAGCGAACUACCUAGCCUAAAUAUGGCAGCCUUAAUUAAAACGAGUACUGUUCACAAGCAAAUAGAGUAGUGUCAAUAUAAAUAAGGCGGAAUUGCAGUUUGCCGAGAAUUUAGCCUUACCGAGACAAGAACGAGUUUUAGUUGAUGUUCUAUCAUUGCUGGAUCCUUUUGUAGGGAAUACUGGCUUACGCUUUACAUUGAUUGAUUAUUUUUUCUGUACAGCUUUAUAUUGCAUUACAAGAACAAUUACUUCAAAAUUAUUUAUCUUGGCUUGAUCACAAACUUCGCCUGUCAUUCUCGAGUGUGUUCAAAUGAGCCAAGCUAGCUUUUUGAAAAGACUUGAGAAAGAUAUCUUUCGAAAAAGAUAUCUUUUUUUUUUCAAAGAGAUUAUUUGGUCAAACGUACAAAAAGUAUCAGGGUGCAGUGCGACUUUAAUUAGUCAACCGCUGAUCUCAGGCCCCCAAGCACCUCAAGGACUUUGGCUCUCCAAACAUCUUCAGUCGGGAACAAUCGGAUGGAGCAACCGCAUGUGGAAAACCCUGUUAUGGACCACAAAAACUAAAACGGGAAGAAUUGCAUAUGGAAUAUCCUGUGAGCGACUACACAAUCUAAAACAAAGAAAGCAAAGUUUACUAACGAGAGGCUCGCCACACCAGUUGUAGAACACAUUAUUUCAAAGUAAGAACAUAAGAAAAAGGGAAUAAAACGUGAUUGGAAAAGGGGAUCUACAAGGAAGAGACCAGUCUGGAUAGAGUGGUAGUUUUAUCACUUCAUUAUGGCCAACAACGCUAGCUCAAAUGAAGCACUCUUCGCCUACCGGCAAUGCUACUUCCAAGGCGCGCAUGCCGACUUUACAAACGAUUUCGCCAAAGCGUAUAUCACAGUAGUUGCAUUUAAUUGCCUGGCGUGCCUGCCAACGAUCUUCGGCAAUGUUCUAAUCACUCUAGGCAUCUGGUUGACUCCAAGUCUUCACACCCCGUCAAAUAUGAUUCUUGUUGGUCUCGCAUGCUCGGAUCUCGGUGUUGGUCUGAUCGUUCCUGCGCUCAACAUUGCGCGCAUUGUCUCUAAACUAAACGGCGCGCACUUCAACUCGUGGUGCACAGUGCAAGUGGCGUAUACCUUCUUCGGUGUGACGUUUUGUGGAGUUUCCUUCUUGACAGUGGCCGCUCUGAGUAUCGAUAAGUACUUGGCGCUACACUGGCAUCUCCGCUACGCUGGGAUCGUCACGACUAAGCGCAUCAUCUACACCUUGGUCAGCUUCUGGUUCGUCUUCGCCGCGAUGUCCACGGUUCAGAUCUGGAGCAUGACCCUGUACCGCGUUAGUGUGUGCCUCAUACUCGCAGUGUUCCUGGUCGGCACUUCGUUCACCUACUUCAGAAUCUACAGAGUUCUUCGCCGCCAUAAGAUUCAGAUCAAGAGCCAACACCAGGUACAGGAGCGUGACGCGGGGUUUACACUGAACAUGGCGCGCUACAGGAAAUCCGUCACGAGCAUGUUUCUCGUCUACUGUCUCUUCCUCGUCUGCUAUCUGCCAUACAUCAUCGUGCAGACCGCAAUUCUGGUAACAGAGCUUCGGCUCUUUAGCGACCCAAGUAUCCAUAGCAGCCUUAGUGUAUGGGGCGAGGUCGUUGAGACGCUUGUAAUCUUAAAUUCACUCACCAACCCUGCAAUCUACUGUUGGCGCAUGCGCGACAUACGACGUGCUGCUAGCCUGGCCAUGAAUGUAUUGACGCGAUGCAAGUCGGCUGAACAUUUGCAUACGGAACGAUCAGUGCAUACUUCGAAUGCUUUUACCUUUAAACAAUCGAUUGGAGUCUGAACACUUCUCUUUAUUUGAAGGCAAAUUUUGAUGAAUUCCUCCAUCAGACCCAGUACAAGUGCACUUUUAAGCGCUCAGAUUUACAAAUAUUUUAAUAUCUUGUAUGUAAUUAUUCAUUAUAUCAGGUCAAGCUUGAUCAGGUAGAUUAUAUUAUGUAGGGAAUUCCUAAGGCCCAAAGGGAAGAGAAAACUUUACCACGUAUUGUAAAUAAAGCCAUAUAUGCAGAAAUCCGGAUCUGUAACCUUGGUAUACAUUAUGUAAAUAAAUCGAUUAGUGUCGCUUGACACUUGGAA